GACUGGGGAUGAGAAGGGUUUGUGUGAAGCCACUGAUCUGUACGGUAUCUGUAUCACAUAUUUGUCUGCAGUGAAAUUCCGAGAGACUCCCAUUUGUGUAGACCUAUCCAGUUAGGUACAGACCUGCAACAUUCCUGAGUAGUCAGCGACCAACUCAGAGUCUGGCCAACUGCUCGCACAUAGAGACCGGUGGCAUUAGCUAGCUCGCAAAGACGGGAACAUGGCCUCCAUUGCACUGAAUUGCACGCCUUUUUUGUUGGGUUUGAUUUACUGCACGUUACUUUUUGGAUCCGUUUUUUGCGACUCGGACACAGAAGAGGACGAACAUGUCAAGCAUACGUACACAGUGGAGAUGUUUAACAACGCUGUGCCCACCGCACCACACUUUGUCAUGUUCUUCGCUCCUUGGUGUGGCCACUGCCAGCGGCUGCAGAGCACCUGGAACGAACUAGCAGACAAGUACAACAGUAUGGCGUCGCCUCCCGUGUAUGUCGUCAAGGUUGACUGCACUCAAGAUGUCAAAUUCUGCUCCAACGUCCACGGGAUCAGGGGAUACCCCACGCUGGUUCUGUUCAAGCCUGAGCUGGAGCCGGUGAAGUACCAGGGUUCCAGGGAUCUGCAGUCUCUGGAGACGUGGAUGCUGAAGACCCUGCAGGAGGUUCCUGAGGAGCCGGAGAGUGAGUUGGAGCUCCCUAAGGUCCCGGAGGUCAAGCAGGGUCUGUACGACCUCUCUGCUGCCAGCUUCAAGGGCCACAUCGCUACAGGAUCUCACUUUGUCAAGUUCUUUGCCCCGUGGUGUGGUCACUGCAAGGCGAUGGCCCCCACCUGGGAACAGCUGGCCUCCAGCCUCGAGCACUCAGACACCGUCAAGAUAGGCAAGGUGGACUGCACGCAGCAUUACGAGGUGUGCUCGGAGAACUCUGUGCGUGGAUACCCCACUCUGCUGUUCUUCAGGAACGGAGAGAAGACAGAGCAGUAUCGGGGGAAGAGGGAUCUGGACUCCCUGAAGGACUUUGUGGAUGCCCAGCUGAAGGUGGAGGAGGCUCUUGGUGAGGAAGACGCCGCGGCCAACGAGGUGGAACUGCCAAACACAGAGCCUGCUGAAGAGGAGUCAGGUGUUGUGAUCCUAACAGAGAGCAACUUUGACGAUCUGGUGGCCAAAGGUUUCACCUUCAUCAAGUUCUACGCCCCCUGGUGUGGUCACUGUAAGAACCUGGCCCCCACCUGGGAGGAUCUCUCCAGGAAGGAGUUCCCUGGUCUGACAGACGUGAAGGUGGCCACAGUGGACUGCACCGUGGAGCGCUCGCUGUGCAACAGGUUUUCGGUGCGUGGGUACCCCACGUUGCUGCUAUUCCGGGCGGGCCAGCAGGGGGAAGAGCACCACGGGGGGCGUGACCUGGAGAGCCUGCAUGCCUUUGUCAUGAAGCAGGCCCGAGACGAGCUGUAGCAGGGACCCAGUGCCUUCCUCCACACCCCCCCUACACUGCAUAUCUGGCCAAUGGGAACGCUCUUAUCCCAUUCAAGCGCCAGCCCUUUUUCUCUAUCCUCAAAUCGGUUUAAUUAAGACUGCCAGCCCCGCCCUCCAUCCCUUACGUGUCACGCGAGCCACGACAUCUAACCCUUACGAACAGGAAGUGGAUGGCGUUUGAAUGUUUUACAUUUGUUGCCAUGACUCCGCAUUCACACAAACAUGUCUGAACCCCUGCCCCUCUUUUCUGAAACUGCAGAAAUGAGUUGUUGAUGAGUCGUGAUAUAUCAUGAACUGUAACUAUGUUACUGUGUUUGUCUGUGGGGGGGUCGACUCUGGCAGGACGUCCGGGGGUGUUGAGUGUUAAGUUGACGGUACUUUAUCCAUCCAGGUGACACACUUAACCCUCAGGGAUGCAUCUCUGCUGGCUAUAAGUCUCACAUCCAACUGCACUUUCAGUCUGUUUUAGAUUGUGUGGUCUUCCAUGGCGUUUUAAAUGUACGACAACAAAUGUAAGACUGAAUGUUCUGUUUUGUUUUUCACCUUGAUGCAGUCUAGUUCAGCAGGGGGCGAAGCUAGCCUUCAUAUUAUACGUCACUAGGUGUACAACUCAACAUCUUUAACUUUCUCAAGAGAUUGUCAGCCCAACUGACUGUGUGUGUGUGUGUGUGUGUGUGUGUGUGUCUGUGUGUGUUGGCUGUGAGAUCAUAUAACAUUUCAGCACUCAAUCAAUGGAAACAAAUGCAUCAUGAGGUUAACCACUUAUUGUCAUUAAAGUCUUUAUGAAUAUCACAUGGCUGAGGCAGACUCCAGUACAAAGAGCAGUAUUUUUCUUGUGAAUGAGUUGGACUCUACCCAGGCAUUUUUUUACACAAAAAGAAGAAUGGGGAAGUUGUAACUUGAGAUUUUGUAAUAAAAUGACUUUUCCAAAAA